CCCCGGGGCGCGGCUCCGCGCGCCGGCUAGCGGCCUGUAAGACACUAGCAAUCACGGCACGAGUCCGCGGCGUCGACCUGGCGCAUCGGUGCACUACGAGGUCGUAAAGCUCUGCAAGAGCAAGGUCGCAACCGUGCGCGACGAGGAACAGAGAAAAAACCGGGAGAGCAGACCUGUGCGAGCGGCAUCACUGAGCUUGUCAGAGUGCCUGCAUCAGCACGCCGCGUGAGUGGUACGCCACUGCGCUUAAAAGCAGCAAAAUGGUCGCCAGCACCUGCGCCGCGCGCGGAGUGGUCUACUGGCUCGGCUCGCAGCUCUACGUGCAACUCACGAAUCGCGCGCGCGGCCUGUCGCUCGUGGCUUCUCGCGGGCCCGCGUUUCAGAUGCCAGCGUCAUCUGGCUUCGCACCGCUGGAGGCGGAGCCCACCGUCGACGCCGUCGUGGCAGCCGUCCUCGACGCGUACGCCAACGACGAGCGCAAGAAGGCGCUGGGGCAGGACGUCGGAAGGACGCGGCGCGCCGACGGUGGCGCCACGGAUCCCGGUGUCGCCUUCGCUGGACUAGGAGAUCCGCUGCUGCGAUGGCCGGACGUCGCGGAGAUCACGCGCCGCGUCAGGGAGCACCACGAGGUGCCCAUAUCCCUCUACACCAAUGGACUGCUCCCGCCGGACGCGCCGAGUGCCGCGGAAGUUGCCUCGUCCGUGGCCGGCGUCCUUUGUAUUAUUCGACUUGCGACGCGGCGAUGGCGUGCCGUCGACGCCACUCCCCGCGCAGGACGCUGCACGAGGCCGGCGUCACGGCGGCGACGAUUGCCCUGAAUGCGGCCGACCCCGACAGCUACGCUCGACGUAUGCUCUCGCCGCCGCCGUACACUCCCGCAUAUCACGAGGACGGCCCAAGUGCGAUUGGCGACGUCAGCGGCGCGUCCUUCGGCGGGGCCUGCGAAUUCAUCUCGGCUCUGAGUGAGGCCGGCGUCGAGACCACCGUCACUGCCGUCGCGACUGCCGACACCGCCUCGGUGCGCGACCUCGGCACGGCUCUUGGCGCGGUGGCCUUCAAGGAGCGAACCUUCCUCGAGUGAGGGCUCCCGUCGUCGUCCUAAGUUGUUGUGCUCAAGUGCACUACUUAGUAAGGGGGCAAGAAAC